AUGAAUACAUCACCAUCAACAGCUACUGGUGCUGCAGCUAUCACAAGCUGCGCCAACGGCCCCAAAGAUACCUCCCAUCAAACAUCUUUGACCUCCCCCCCUCCAGCCUACACACCACGCACCGCACCAGAUCUUGCUCGACUACAGCAAAUGCGCCAGCAAAUCAUCAUGGGUCGGCCAUCUAUGGCUGAGGCUGUAAUAUCGGCCGUGGCUACCGAAGACGAGGAUGACCAGGAGGAAGAGAGCAUCUCCCCCAUCAGCCUUCGUAUCAAUACCUCCGUCCUCGUCUCCAAGAACAACAACCUCGUGUGUCUCACCGACACGCCGGCCAGCCACGCCAACGCCAUUGCCAGGGCUGUUGUCAAGGCCAUCCAGGAGAACAGCUCUGGCCAGUGCGGUAUCCCCAUGAUUGAUGAGGACGGACGACCUCGUCCUAUCAAGAUUGAGGUUGACGCGGGCAUCACGGUUGAGGGCUCUGGAAAUGUCGUUGGUAACGAGAAUGUUGUGAACCAAGUCCUUCGCCAGCGCGGGCUUACGCGCAAGAGGGGAGCAGACAUUGAUGAUGAGAAUGAUUUGUCCGCUCCGCCAAUGAAGCAGCGUCGUGGGAGCGGCAGCAAUAACCCUUGA